AUGCAUGAAGAACAAAUCCUCUCCUUUGAAUUUGAGCAUGAAUUUGUUCAAAACACCGAAAGAGUGAAAUCUGUUGAUCUCCAUCCAACUGAGCCAUGGAUUCUACUGGGUUUAUAUUCAGGAACUAUUUCUAUUUGGAACUAUCAGACAAAGACAGAAGAGAAGUCUUUGAAAAUCAGCGAAUCACCAGUCAGAUCAGCAAAGUUCAUUGCUCGGGAAAACUGGAUUGUUGCAGCUACGGAUGACAAAUACAUUCGCGUCUACAAUUAUGAGAAAAUGGAAAAGAUAGUAGAAUUUGAAGAACAUAAAGAUUAUAUAAGGAGUUUGGCAGUUCAUCCUGUUUUGCCGUAUGUAGUGUCAGCUUCAGAUGAUCAAGUUCUAAAAUUGUGGAAUUGGAAGGAAGGUUGGUCUUGUGCUCAGAUUUUUGAAGGGCAUUCACACUAUGUGAUGCAAGCUGCAUUUAACCCGCAGGAUCCUUCUACCCUUGUUAGUGCAUCCCUUGAUGGCACCUUAAAGAUUUGGAGUCUUGAUUCCUCGGUACCAAAAUUUACCCUGGAAGGACACAAGAAAGGAGUGGAUUGUGUUGAUUAUUUCAUAAGCAAUGACAAACAAUAUCUUUUAAGUGGUUCUGAUGAUUACACUGCCAAGGUUUGGGAUUAUCACUCUAGAAACUGUGUACAUACACUCGAAGGACAUGAAAACAAUGUCACAGCAAUAUGUGCUCAUCCUGAGCUCCCAGUGAUAAUAACAGCUUCAGAGGAUUCUACUGUUAAAAUAUGGGAUGCUGUCACUUACAGGCUUCAAACCACGUUGAACUUUGGUCUCGAGAGAGUAUGGAGUGUUGGCUACAAGAAAGGAUCAUCUCAGCUUGCUUUUGGAUGUGACAAAGGAUUCAUCAUCGUUAAGGUAAAUCUCCUACCUGCCAAAUGA